AUGAAUAUGUUGGAUGAUGAAGAUGACCAAAGCUUUCACGCUACGCGUGACGGCUACUCCCAUUUGAGCGAUAUCGAAUGGGAUGCGGUUGAACGAAUGGGUUCAACCAUGGGCAUCCACGCUGUUAGCGUCAUGCUAGAGGCUCUCAACAGAGAUGCCCAACAUGCUACUAUCGCCAAGUUCAUUCAAAAUGAACUUGACGCUGAACGCGAGAAAGUAGCCUUGCUUCACCAACAAGGUUCUCAACAAGCAGAGUUGUUAAGAGAACAAGGUGCUCAACAGUUUGAACUGUUAAGACAGCAGCAGGCUGCUGCUGGUGGGUCGAUGCACUCGCGUCGACCCGAGAAUUUGAAGAUUGACAUCUCCAAGUAUAGGGGGGUCGAAGAAGACUCCCUCUUGAGAUGGUUCGUCGAAUUGGAUGACGCCAUAAGGGCGCGUCGCAUCGACGACGGGGAUAUGCAAGUUGCAUUUGCCCAGUCAAAUUUGGCAGGACGUGCCAAGACUUGGGCACUGGGGCUCAAGUUGCACGACCCAUAUGCGUUUGGGUCGUUGGAAGUCUUCAAGUCGCGGCUCAGACAAACGUUUGAACCGCCUAGAGCUGAGCUCAGAGCUCGAACUGAACUCUUGAAGCUCAAGCAAGGCAAGUGUGAUGUGCAUGCUUACGCGCAACAUAUACGACAUCUCACGAGUUGUAUAAGUUCCAAUCCGGUGGAUGAACACACGUUGGUUUCGGUGUUCAUGCAGGGUCUUUCGGAUGGUCCCGUCAAGACUCACCUGUUCCGGCUUGAACUAGAUUCACUAGAACAAGCCAUUUCCAUUGCGGAACAGGAAGACUUCAGUCUGAGACAGGCUCGCGCCAGCUCGACUCGUAUCGUCCACCGAGACGAUAUGAUAACGGAGGUCCAGAGCCGAUGGAACUCUGUUAUGUAUUGA